GGAAUAUUUAAGAGCUUGCAUGCAACAACGGGUCGUUUGUCUCGAACGCUCUAAAUGACGUACACUUGCGGAUACAUCUGAUUCCCGCUUUGCAGUGUGAUGCCGUCGCUACUUAUUUCGGCAGCCAUUACUUUUCUAACUGCCCUCGCUAUGGCUGACCCCAUUGACAAAUCGGCCAUUGGCUGUUGUUUACCUUGUUGCGCAGCAAAGAGCCUGAAAGAAAUGGAAAGCCUUUGUUCACCGGUUCUAUUGACAAGCUCUGUACCGUGAAAAUCCUGGUUGAUGUUCGAGCUUGCAAGAAAACGCGUGUAUUUGCGACCGUGGCUCAAGGUCCUAAAUCUAAAAUGCUCUCGGGGUUAUACGUGUGUUCCGGCUGCCGUUAUCUGAAUGUCGUUCAACUGGGCCCAGAGCCGCCACUUAAGUGUUGCGGUCGACAUCAGCUCGAGAACCCGUCGCAAACAUGGCACUUGUCUAUACGUGCUCCUCUUCGUCGACAAGCGGCUCCUUUUGGCUAGCAAUGAGGCUUUUCACCGCCCUUGCUUGGCUUCUUCUACGAACCACUUUUGCUGUGAGGCCACCUCUGGAUUUGUGCACUCCUGAUUUGCCGCACCAGAGAUUCCACGUGGGAAUCCUGUUUCUUUGCAUACGAGGAGCUGCAUCAGAUUUGCUGGUGCAGCAGCUUGAUCACCUGAAAACCGACGUGCUUCACUGCCAUGACGACUUCUGCCUUGUGGACAAGUUGUGUCAAAGGGGUCAGCUGGAACCAGAGCUGGCAAAAUACCUCGCUGCCCACCUGAUGCGGGAACUUCAAUGCCUGGCUGAGUUUUGCACUACCCCAUCAGAGAACGAGCUGGACGGUGGGGCGAAUAACACUGACAUCGCUCGUUGCCGGAACAGUGUUGUGCCGUAAAAUGCACUUAAACAUGUCAACCGGGAAAAAAAAGAAAGGACACCGAUUGUUGAUAAUGUAAAGAGCGUGUUUUUUAUCUAAGUUUGAAUCUUCGACAACUGGUCCUUGACCACGUCAAAAGUCAAUCGCUAUACCAUCUCCAGACCAUAAUGCGGUCCUGAGGCACAUUUAUUGUGCCAAACGUAUGUUGUAACUACACCUCAUGGCUUUAUGAACCCAAAAAGUUGAAUGAGAAAGAAUCUAUAAGACGUAAAUUAUGAACGGCUAGGCGUAGCAAUCACACAU